UUCAAUAACACGACAUAACAGUACACCGUUGCCUACCGCGCUGGAUACAUCUCCGUUUCUGAUCUUCAAGUUUAAUUAUACAUGGAUUAAAAUGCGACAUGCAAUAUUGUUAUUGAUCUGUGCGGCGCCUGCUGUGUUGCCAAAACGCACCGUAAAAAUACCUCUGUGGAAACGACAGGCCUGCGAGCCACCAGCUGCUCUGAGCGAGCACAGUCAUUACAUAUGCAACGACAAAGGCGAACCCAAGUGCAUGCCGGGAUGGCAGGGGGACCUCUGCGAUGUGCCCAUAUGCAGGAAGGGAUGCGAUCCUAUUAGAGGAUUUUGCAAGAAACCAGGGGAGUGUACGUGCAAGUUCGGAUACUACGGAGACAGAUGCGAGAAGUGUAUCCCGCUGCUGGGCUGCGUCCACGGCCGCUGCAACGAACCGUUUCAAUGUAUCUGUAACGACGGCUGGGACGGACUAUUUUGUACCGAACCUACAUGCAGCACGGAAUGUCACAAGAUCCGCGGCUUCUGCGAGUCCCCGGGCGAGUGUCGCUGCCGGUUCGGUUGGUCCGGGCCGACAUGUCACGCCUGUCAAACUUUACCCGGAUGCCAGCACGGUUAUUGUGAGAAGCCAUUAGAGUGCAGAUGUCUGCCCGGCUACACGGGAAUGCUGUGUCAGACGCCAAUUUGUGCAGCGAACUGUCACAGCGAGAGGGGCUUCUGUCGGCGUCCCGGGGAAUGCCGCUGCAAGGUCGGCUGGACCGGGCCCACGUGCGCGCAGUGCCACAGGUACCCUGGCUGCAAGCACGGAACUUGCAGGAAGCCUUGGGAGUGUAUCUGCAAAAAGGGCUGGGGAGGAAUGCUGUGUGACGAAGAACUAAAUUACUGUGAAGACCAUCCUGAUACAUGCAAAAACGGUGGACAAUGUCAAUCGUUGGAAGCACAGGACGGACACUAUAGAUGCCAGUGUCCUUCCGGAGUCACCGGCAAGCAUUGUGACGUCAUACCAGCUAAUAUGACCACGACCGAGGCUAGCACCGUCCAAGAAUUCACCGUGGAAGUGAUCACAGACGAUGGGUCCGCAGAGAAUACUUCCGACAAGACUACAACAGUCGCUGAACCCAAUAUCGACGAGAACGAGACUGAAUAAAUAUAUAACAGCCUUAUCUUAAUCUUAAUAUUUAGAUUUAUGUAUUUAAAUUAUUUAUCUCACAUCAUUUCUCUCACAUCUCACAGCAUCAUUCACAUCACAUCAAUCACAUUAAACUUUUUGAUUUACCGUUAAUCCAUUGCAGCUGUUUUUAUGUAUUCACGAAUGAUGCACGAUUUCAUUAGUUCGCUUACGAUCAUGAUGGAUUUAUCGAUGAGCGUAACUAAUCUCUGCACUCUGCUGAUUAUAUGCUCAUAUAAUGUAAUGGGGUUACAAGCAUUGUACAUUUUUAUAAAUAAACAUGUGUGCAAUUCACACGUGGUAGAAGUGAAACCUUCCAAAAUUAAAAUACAAUUAUCCUAAACGUCUUAAGUAUAUGUAAAAUUUUGUCAUUAGUAAAUAAUUGUAAGGUAGCGCCCUCUGUGAAUUGAUAUUUUAAUUUCACGUAUAAUCCUAAAUUAAAAUUCACUACAAGAGCUUUCAUACACACGUUAGUAUUAAAAAAUCUCACAGAUGGCGCUGUAUUAAAUAGUAUGUAUAUUUCUGUCUCAUUCUUUGCUGGCUUCAUCCUACACAUUUUUGUAUUUGUGUCUCUUACCUGUCGUUUUUUCCGUUGCAUCCGGUUUGAAAUCACAACGAUUCUAAAGAAGUUUUCACUUCAAAAAUUGCCUCAUUUGCAAGUAUCAAUGUUAAAUUGAAUUCCUAUGUAAUCGAAUUCACCAUGUUAUCAUUUCUCGAUUUCAUACGUAUUUUAUUCAUAGUACUAAAUGUAUUUUCAUCUGAUCAUUUCACAUUUUGAUUCAGUUAAAUAUUUGUUCAUUCAACAACCAUUUCAUUUUCUCGAGAUUUUAAAACGCCGUCUAUAAAUUGACCGAUUAGAUAAUUAGAAAUGUUGAAGGACUGCAAAGAAAACAAGAAACAAUCUGUUAGAAGUUUUAAAACACUCAUUUACUUUUACAUCUAGCUUUUUUGCGGGGGGGGGGGGGGGGGCAAUGACCCCACGCGGACGGUAUACAGUCUGGCUGACGUAUGACCGCUAAUUAUUCAUUAUUUUGAUAUUGUAAACUUAUUGCAGUUUUAAAUGUUAUAUAAUUCUCAUCAACAUUUUUUGGUCUUUUCAAAACUUAAUUUUCCUUACAUAGUUAAUAUAAUUCAUACUUUUUUUUAUUUUAAUUAUUUAUUCACAGAUUUCAACAAUCAUUGCUUUUAAUCCAACAACUUUAUAUUCUAUUCAUUAAAACAAAAAUCAUUUUCAUUGAAAAUUCAAAGUUAAUGACCCAUUUUUCAUAAACGGUGGAUUCACUAUAUUUUCAGUCUUAUUCACUAUCAUAACUGUUACAUAUAAGUAAAAAUGUCAUUAAAUGAAAUGCUAAAAAGGCUUAAAUCAUUCUCAUAUACUGAAAAGUUCAUAUUUUACCGCAUCACGUUUAUAAUUCAUUUCAUUAAUCAUUAUCACUUAUUACUGAUAUUAUCAUUGCUAAUAGCAAUGAAUUUCGAAGCAGGAAUUUUUUUAUCGGCCGUCACACGUAUUUUCAUCAUAUUGCCUAUUUAUUUUAUUCAAACUCUUUAAUAUCAUGUUAAUUCACUUAUCUUCUCAUAAUAGUUCUGCAUAAUUUAUAGUUUUAAAUAAUCCAUGUAUUUAUUACAUUUCAAGUAUUACUAAUAUAAAAAUCAUAUGAUGGGUUCCGUAUCAAAAAUUCAUUAUUCUUAAUCAUCAAAUCAUUUAUUUAUAUUAUUAUAAGAUUGUUGAUUAUUUUUGGUUCAUAACAAUGUAUAUCUAACGUAGUUUUUAAUUAGACAAAGUUAACUUUACACACAAUUGCCUUUGACCAUUCCCAAUACAUUAGUAUAAUAUUCCACAGUGUACGUCAACACAAUUCAUUAAUUUAUCACGUCAUAUCUAUCUGUAUUGAUCUUAAAAGUUUAAAUGCGUAAAUAGUUGAGGAAAUUGUUUCAUAAGUCAUUCAUCAUUUCUUUUUGUAUAUUGUAUAAUUUACAAUAGUUUUCUAAAAUCAUUUCAUUCAUUGUGUAUAAGUUGCUUAAUGUAGGAAUCAUUAUCAUAUCAGUAACAAUUCAUUUCGUUAGGUCUAGAAAAUGUUCAUUGCAUUCACAUUUUUAUUUACACUUUCAAUCAAUAUUUUCAUUUAUAUAUCAGUAUCAUUCGUCAUUGCAAAUACAGGUUUUGUCAUUUCGUUCGAAUGUUCUCGUUUCCAUAGAAAUACGGUACUAAAAUUAUAAAGAUUUUUGUUCUAAUAUAAUUAUUUUAUUGAUUCAUUUCAUUUACUUGUUACAGCAAUCACCGUCACAUCAUCAACAUCACAUUAUAAAACUAUUCAUUUCAAAUUUUAUCAUCUCCAUCCAAACUUACUCAUACCAAUAAUUUUCAUACGCUUAACAAAUACAGCAUCUGCCCCAUUACUCUCACCUUACUUCAUUGAUAGAGAUCUUGUAACAUUUAACUUUAAUAUUUAUUUCAUUAUUGUAAUUAGUUUUAUAUCACACACAUGAUUAGACUGAGAGUGUUUAUUCAAAUUGAAUUUAUUAAAAGUAUGAAUGUAAAUUAUUAAGUAUGUUUAGCUGUACGUAUGUAUUAAUCAUUAUUAUUCAGGUAAGACUACCAACAAGUGUUGAAAACUAUGUAAAAACUUUUUCACUCUAACCUUUAAAUAUCUCAUUUGUUAAGUUGUGAAUGUAUAAAGUUCAUUAUUGAUGUGUAAGUAAAUAAAUAUAUGUAAAAUGUGA